ACGUUCCGAAGAUGACGUCGGAGCGUUCUCGAAUCCCGUGUCUCUCGGCUGCUGCUGCCGAAGGAACAGGGAAAAAGCAACAAGAAGGAAGAGCAAUGGCGACACUGGAUCGCAAAGUGCCCAGUCCGGAGGCGUUUCUGGGCAAACCCUGGUCCUCCUGGAUCGACGCCGCCAAAUUACACUGCUCCGACAAUGUAGAUUUAGAAGAGGCUGGAAAAGAGGGUGGAAAAAGCAGGGAGGUUAUGAGGCUUAAUAAAGAAGAUAUGCACUUAUUUGGCCAUUACCCAGCACAUGACGACUUCUAUCUCGUAGUGUGCAGUGGCUGUAAUCAGGUCGUCAAGCCACAGGUGUUCCAGUCGCACUGCGAGAGAAGACACGGUUCAAUGUGCAGACCUUCUCCCUCUCCAGCGUCUCCACCCUCCAACUCCAGGACAUCACUAGUACAGGUGAAAACAAAAGCCUGUGUCAGCGGCCAUAACUCUGCCAGCAGCACCUCAAAGCCAUUCAAAACGCCCAAAGACAAUCUACUUACCUCCAGCAGCAAACAGCACACAGUCUUUUCUGCGAAAGGAUCAAGGGACAAACCAUGCGUUCCGGUUCCUGUAGUCAGUUUAGAGAAAAUUCCUAACCUAGUGAAGGCAGAUGGUGCCAAUGUCAAAAUGAACUCCACAACCACCGCUGCGGUCACCGCCUGCUCCACCUCGACCUCGGCCGUCUCCACCCCACCCUUAAUUAAGCCGGUCUUGAUGUCCAAGUCAGUGCCACCUUCCCCAGAGAAGAUCCUAAAUGGCAAAGCAAUUUUGUCCACCACCAUAGACAAGAAACACCAAAAUGGCACCAAAAACAACAACAAGCCUUACAGGAGACUUUCAGAGAGAGAAUUUGACCCAAAUAAACACUGUGGAGUAUUGGAUCCCGAGACAAAGAAACCUUGCACAAGAUCCCUCACCUGCAAGACACAUUCGCUAAGCCAUCGGAGGGCAGUCCCGGGCAGGAAAAAGCAAUUUGACCUCCUUCUGGCGGAACACAAAGCCAGGUCCCGAGAAAAAGAAGUUAAAGAUAAAGAGCAUCUUCUGACUUCGGCGAGGGAAGUACUUCCAAACCAACCUGGGCCGGCACAGGACCCUCUGCCAGGAUCUUCAGGGAGCUCUGGGCCAGAACCUAAAGUCACAUCCCCUGCAAAAUCCAGGCCACCUAACUCUGUGCUUCCCAGACCAUCAUCUGCAAAUAGCAUAAGCAGCACCACGUCUUCGAACCACAGCGGCUGCGCUCCGGAAGGCCCCGUGCCCCCCGCUGCAGGUGACCUCGCCAGCCGGCUGUCGAGUGAUGAAGGGGAGAUGGACGGUGCCGACGAAUCCGAGAAGUUAGACUGUCAGUUCUCCACCCACCACCCUAGACCGCUUGCGUUUUGCUCAUUCGGGAGUCGCCUCAUGGGACGAGGGUACUAUGUGUUUGAUAGAAGAUGGGAUCGUUUUCGAUUCGCACUAAACUCCAUGGUAGAAAAACACUUGAAUUCACAGAUGUGGAAGCACAGAAACCCGAGCCACAGGGCAUCAGGUCCCUCCCCCCUUUUCAGGACUUGCCUAACCAACCUACUGUCACUGAGCAACAUUGGGGCUGCCUGGGUGUCAACUCUGGAGAGCGUAGCACCCCGCUGCCCUCUCAGCCUCGCUGCCCAAACCCCAGGCCCAGACGGGCCCGAACCUGGAGGGAUGGCAGCCGAUGAGGGCGUGGAAGACAUUAGGAAGAAAAGGAACGGCCAAGACUCUUUUUUCUUUAACAAGCAUUUAACUCUGCAUCAGGAGACGCCAACACAGUAUUCUCUUUCAGCCAGGAAGAUCCCUCCUGCGGCAGAUAGCCCCAUGCCCUCGCCAGCAGCCCACAUCACCACCCCCGUUCCAGCAUCCGUUUUACAGCCUUUCAGCAACCCCAGUGCUGUGUAUCUUCCUUCAGCUCCCAUCAGCUCGAGACUCACCUCUUCUUACAUCAUGACAUCAGCCAUGCUCCCAAACGCAGCUUUUGUGACAUCGCCGGACCCAAGCGCCCUCAUGCCACACACCACAGCUUUCCCUCAUGUGGCUGCAACCCUCAGCAUCAUGGACUCAACCUUCAAGGCCCCCUCCGCCGUGUCCCCGAUACCAGCCGUCAUCCCUUCCCCAUCCCACAAGCCAUCCAAAACCAAAACCAGCAGAUCCUCAAAAGUCAAAGACCUGUCUGCGCGUAGCGACGAGUCUCCAAGUAGCAAAAAGAGGAAGCCGCAGUCCUCGACUUCCUCCUCGUUCUCCUUGCAGACAUCCCUCCCGUCUCCCUUGUCAGGGCCCCACAAAAAGAACUGUGUGCUGAACGCCAGUUCAGCUUUGAACUCCUACCAGGUGGCUCCUCCCUAUAACAGUCUGCCCGUGCACACCUCCAACAACGGGGUGAGCCCACUCAGUGCCAAACUGGAGCCCUCAGGACGGACCUCGCUGCCCGGCGGCCCCCCGGACAUAGGGAGACACCUGGGCUCCGUGGGCGGCGGGGACUCCUGUCCCCUCGCGGUGCCCUCCCUCGCGGGGGACCUCUCCCUGGCCUCACACAAUGCCGUGUCUUCUCUGCCCCUCUCUUUUGACAAAUCAGAAGGAAAAAAGCGUAAGAACUCGAGUUCUAGUAGCAAAGCCUGUAAAAUCACUAAAAUGCCUGGUAUGAAUAGCGUUCACAAAAAGAACCCGCCCAGCCUUCUCACACCGAUGCCCGAUCCCGUUAACAGCACCUCCUCUCGGCAGGUUGGGAAAAAUAGCAGCCUCGCUUUGUCACAGUCCAGCCCUUCAAGCAUAUCCAGCCCAGGACACAGCCGACAGAAGACCACAAACAGAACGGGCAGGAUAAGGACUCUUCCAUAACAAGACUAUGAAGCCACUUCCGAACCAAUGCCUGGCCUCCGGUCCCACCCAGGGGGCCACGGGGGCAGGGAGUGGGCAGUGGGGGAUCCAUUUCCUGGGCCCGCCUGUGGCUCCGGCCUUUCUUUUUCUUUGCUUUUUUAUGACCAGUUUUUAGUUUUGGAGAAAAAGAAAAAGGCAAAAGAACGUGAAUUUGAGAUUUACAGAAAACAAUACCAGUGUUUUGUUUUCGUUGUCUUU